AUGACAUCAGCUCCACCUAGAAAGUCUUGGUGGAAAUCGAAGAAGACAGUAAAAGUGAUAAGAUCUUAUCCACCCUUCCCUUCCUUGAAUGCCUGGGAAAAAUUCAGGGGCCUCUUGCCUGUGGAUGGGGAAACGAACCCUGGAGUGGGCCUGGGUGUGCAAGAAGGACUCCUCUGCCAGAUGGUUCAUUCUCCAGAAUUCAAUCUGUUUCCUAACUCCGUGGUGUUUGAAAGCAACUUUGUCCAGGUCAGAAGGAGCAGACACUGGAAAGAGAUCUAUAAGGCUUCCAACACCAUGGCCCUUGGGGUGACCUCCUCCGUGCCGUGCCUUCCCCUUCCGAACAUCCUCCUUAUGGCCAGAGUCACAUGGCAUCAGGGGCAGAGCCAGACGUGGAACAGACCAUCCACAGCGCCAAGGAUCAACCUGAAGAGCAUGCUCCCUUUGAAGUUUGUGGAGCUCCAGAUCUGGGACCACCGCGAACGCAUCCUGCGGCUGAGGACAGUCACUGAGAAAAUCUACUACCUGAAGCUCCACCCUGACCAUCCUGAGACUGUCUUCCACUUUUGGAUCCGCCUGGUUCAAAUUCUGCAUAAGGGUCUGUCCAUCACCACCAAGGACCCUACCAUCCUUGUCACUCACUGCCUGGUACCCAAGAGCCUUUGCAGCCCAGGUGGAAAGACUGAGUUAGUGCAGAAGAAAUCUAAAGGCCUCCAGCCCAGUGAGAGCCUCACACGUCUGAUGGCCCAGGGGGAGAAUGAGACCCUCUCCCAGAUCUUUUCCGACUUGCAUCAGCAGAAACAGUACAGCAGGAGUGAAAAGGUGCAGAUCAACAACAAGGCCAACUCAGAGAAAGCUACUCCCUCUGAAGACAGUAUCCCCUGUACCUGCGAUCUCAACUGGAGGGAUGCGUUCAUGUUCGGAGAGUGGGAAAGAGAGAACCCCUCUGGGCCGCAGCCCCUCUCACUCCUCAGUACUCUGGCUGCCUCCAGCAGGCCACGGCUGUCCCUAACUGGAGGUGGUGACUGUAUUGACUCCUGCUCGGAGGACGGGUGGUCUCUUAGUGGGGGCGUCCCCUUUGCCAGCAGCUUUCUUCUCAGCACGGGCCAGCAGCCUUUGCUUCUUCUCCUGCUUUGUCUCUGCCCUGUACCUGUGGGCAAGCUCAAGCAGCUGAGUCGCUGUUGGUCUGUUCAGGGCCUGGGUAACUGGUUAGUAGCAGGAGGCACCUUGAGCCGCUUUGCAGCUUGA